AUGCCCCUUUUUAAGAGGAGGAAGCUCUAGCUGACAUCUUUGGUCAUAUAAAUAAUGUAGAUGACCAAAAGUUUGGUGUCAUUUUAGAAAAAUUAAGAAAGGAAAAAGUUUAAGACAUCAUUGGAUAUCUUUCAGAUAACAGGAAUCAAAGCCAAUUAGAAUAAUGUAUCUUACAAAAAGGAGAGAAUAUCACCCAGGCUGAUAAAGAAUAGAAAUUGUCUGUUGUUAGAAAUGAUAUCAAAUAAAUCACAGAAGUCUUAAGAAAAUUAAAAGACCAUGACUUCAAUAAGUUAGAUUAUUCCUCUGAAUUAAAAGAAGAAUCUAAAUAAAGUUUAAUUAAUAGCAUCAAGGAUAAUAGAAGGAUCAUUCAUUUUUUGUAAUUGUUAGUUUCAACUCACAUCCAUAGAUGAAACUUUUAUAAAGGGUGGGUCUAAUUCAUUACAUAUAUUAGUUAAGAUAAAGGUGGACCUUAGAAACAAUAAUUUUGAAAAUAUAAAAAUCUAUAAUACUUCUUUAGUAGGAGCUAAUUUUGUUAGGUGUAAUUUUGGUGGAUCCUAAUUUAAGAAUGUCAACAUAAGCGGAAUAUAUGUUAAUGGAGCUUUAUUAUUGAAUUGUAAAUGGACAGACUUAAAAAUCCUUGAAUUAAAUUAAUUACAUGGUCAUAGUGAUUAUGUAAGAUCAGUUUGUUUCUCUCUUGAUGGAAAAACAUUAGCUUCUGGAGGUGGUGAUUGCUCUAUCCGUCUAUGGGAUGUCAAAACAGGAUAAUAAAAAGCGUAAUUAGAAUGUCAUACUAGUUAUGUCUAGUCAGUGUGUUUCUCUCCUGAUGGAAAUACAUUAGCUUCUGGUAGUGAUAAUGGGUCUGUAUUAUUAUGGAAUGCUAAAACUAGAAAGAAAAGAGCCAAAUUAGAUGGUCAAGAUGAUGCUGUUAUAUCAGUUUGUUUCUCUUUUGAUGGAAAAACAUUAGCUUCUGGAGGUGGUGAUUGCUCUAUCCGUCUAUGGAAUGUUAAAACAGGAUAAUAAAAAGCCAAAUUAGAUGGACAUACUUAUUGGGUCUAGUCAGUCUGUUUCUCUCCUGAUGGAAAUACAUGAGCUUCUGGUAGUUUAGAUCAAUCAAUCCGUUUUUGGGAUGUCAAAACAGGAUAAUAAAAAGCGUAAUUGGAUGGUCAUGAUGAUGCUGUUAUAUCAGUUUUUUUCUCUUUUGAUGGAAAAACAUUAGCUUCUGGAGGUGGUGAUUGCUCUAUCCGUCUAUGGGAUGUCGAAACAGGAUAAUAAAAAGCGUAAUUAGAAGGUCAUACUAGCAUUGUCUACUCAGUCUGUUUCUCUCCUGAUGGAAAUACAUUAGCUUCUGGUAGUUUUGAUAACUCUAUCUGUCUAUGGGAUGUUAAAACAGGAUAAUAAAAAGCCAAAUUAGAUGGACAUACUUAUUGGGUCUAGUCAGUCUGUUUCUCUCCUGAUGGAAAUACAUUAGCUUCUGGUAGUGAUGAUAAGUCUAUCCGUCUAUGGGAUGUUAAGAAUGGAAAAGAAAUUUCAUCCAAUGAAAAUCAAUAUUAAGAUAUUCUAGCUUAAUUUAAAGCACCACUUUUUUAAAGCAAUCCUCUACCAGGUAUUUACUUUAUUAUUAUUUUAUAGAAUCCAACAAUAUUACAAUUCUACGAAUUUCUUAAACACCAUUAUUUCAAUCAUAAGCAGCUAUAAUCUUGAAAGGAGAUUUUGUAAAUGAUGAAGGAUAUGAUAUAAGAUAAUUAUUAAUUUCAAAGGGAUGUAGUAUUUUAGAAGACUUAAAUCAAAAAUGA